AUGUCGGUAAAGUGGAUUUUAUUCUGGGUGGGAUCUUGGGAGAUCUUGGGUGCCAUGAUUUUUAUGGGCAUACGGACGUCAUCUCAGGCACCCCAUGUGAGAAUGUCGACAUACUUUGCUUUCACUGCGAGUGGCUUUUUCUUUGCAUUGAACGGGCUUUGGGCUAUUUGGAGCAUCAACUCCUACCUCGCACACAUCUACCCGACACAGGUGGCUAUUGCUGUCCGCGAGGUUGUUCAAUUUUUCUUUUGCAUGGGCUCCUAUCUUGGGCUUGGGCUAUGCGCCUGGAGAUUUCCCGCAAAGUUAAACGAAGAUUUGGAAGGUGCAUCUGUACCUACCAUGAUCAUCAGACGAUCAGAACGCCCAGUGGAGGCAGAUUCGCGAACUCCUCUAUCAGAGACCGACAGAUCGCAGUCAGUUGCGGAAAUUGCUGCGACGAGGCCCAUCUUGGAGGCCGAUUCAGAUGUCACUCAUGAGAAGCCGUGA